AUGCGUUUAUAUACAUAUUUAGCAACAGAAUUUGUUAUUUAUUCAGAAAUCUAUCAUUUAAUUCAAUCAAUAAGUGAAAUAAUUCAAACAUUACAUACAUUAAACUAUUUCUAUUCGAUUAUUGAUCCAACUCAUCGUAGUAGUUUUAAACCAAAAGAUGGAAAUCGACUAACACGUGAACAAAUUAUUGAAAUGAGACGUUAUAUGUUACUCUAUUUAAAACAACUUGUUAGAAGUAGUUCUGGUCCUCAAGAAGAAGAACAUCAAGCUAUUCUUAAUUAUCUUCAUACAGUUCAUUAA